ACGCAUCGACGCUCCUCAAAUCGAAAUGUGACAAGUGUUGGAUAUUCUGAGAUAGACCUCAAACGUACCCCUUGAUGACAAGUCUGUUACAACUAUCCAGGCGGUCUGAGAGUUUGGACGCAUAUCUACUUGCGAUCGUCGGAUUGGAGGUACUGGCCGUAUUGGAAUAUGUGCAUGAACUUGGUCGGCAUCCCGUGGUCUGGCCAUCGUCUUGGCCGUCUCUCCUCGAAAUAUAACAUGUCUCCGAUCGCCCAGCGCAUCUCGAUGGCGUUUUGCUAAUGAGAGCCCGACAACUGUGCGUUAACGACUUGUUUCACCGCCAGUCGGAUAUCACAUUUAGAAGCCUUAUCUUUUAUGUAGUCCCUUGACAAUCCAUAGAAUCCCUUGACCAACAGCUACGCAUCAUACACUCGUACAAUCAUGGCAACCCAACAAAUACCCCAAAUCCCUCCCCGCCCGACGCGGGGCCAAGCCCAGAAGCCAGCUUCCUCGAACAGCGGCAGCACACUGGGCAGCGACAUCCCCAAGAUCCCACCUCGACCCAACCGCCGCGCUGAUCGAUCCGUAUCGCCAAUGCGAGACAGCUAUGCACCCUCGCCCCUCAACGAGCCGGAUUUUGUCGCCACCGGCAAAAAUGCAUCGUAUCUGAGGGAGAAUGGCCGUACGUCAGCGUCGGAUGCGCCUUCGAGGCCGUCGAGCGUAUCACAUAUGCCCUCAGUUGGACAAGAGGGCAUGGAGUAUGCGGAUAUCUGCACGCCAGAUGCCGUAGAUUCGCCCAGAGCGCCCAACGAAACCAGGAAUAUCGCGGAGGAUUUGAAACUCUAUGCUCCUAGGCCGUCGCUGCCUGGGUCCAGCGCAAAAGACCAGAUCAACACUGUCACAAGGACCGACUCGUCGCAAGCUGCGGCAUUUGGUCUCGGAAAGCCAAGGAGUGAAGAAAGAGUUUCUGUCGAUGACAGGGACCUUGAGAAACAUUCUUUGAGGGCGAAAGACAGCUUUGCUAGCUCAAGAUCGGCUGGGCUGGAACGCCCAACUUCUUCGGCGGAUAAUGAAGACCAACCCGAUGGCCCUGACGUAGGCCACAGAGUGCCUAUGUACCCCAAUGCUGGCAUGGUGCAGGCUCCUUCUCCUUCGCCACAAUCCCCGUACCAGCCAGGUAUUGGAUUCCACAAUGACGGAUCCAGGCCACGCCACCAACGUCAAAAGAGCGGCCGCGGCUUUGAGGGCCCGCCUGGUAGUUAUGGGAUGCAUGGGCAUGGGAUUAUGUCUAAGGAUAAAUUUGAACAGGCAUACUAUGAGAAACAUCCUGAGCUGUGGAAGAAAGAGCUUAGUGCGUACGGCGAGGAGAGAAACAAUUGGGCUAUGAGCAGCGAGGAUUUGAAUAAAAUUGUUAGGGAUACCGGAAACAGAAGUUCAGGACUGGACUCACCAGCUCUCAUUGGUACCCCGACAGAGCAAAUUGGCUACGUCGCCACAGACGAAUAUAUCUCACGGAUGGCUUCACCAAGGCUUUCAACUGAUAUGUCGCCGUUGAAAAAGGAGGGUUCGACUUCCGUCGAUAAGGCUGAAUCCGCUGAAAGCCUAGGACGUACAGCCCAAAAAGCCUCUGAGACGAGCCUUGCGAAUGAAACCGAUGGCGGCACCGUUGUGCACGUCGAAGAACCAAACCGUCGGAUUAGCAGGAUCUACGGAGGCGACAAGCAUGCAGAGUCUACAGAGAAUCUUGGACCUACAGGCGGCAACGCCCCUGGUGCUGGUGGUUUCAUCACGGAGAGCGGUUACGGCGUCCCCAUUUUGGCUUCAGACGAGGUGGCCAAAACACCACUCGGGUAUGAGCUUCAGCCGGCUGUUUCACCAUUACAAGACAACAACUACGAUGAUGAGCAGUCCUAUUUCAGAAGCAGACAAGGCAGUGGCUUGUCUCCCAGUGGCAGUCGGCCGACAAGUCUCCAUAGAAGCAGCCAGGACAUUCCAAGCAUAUCUCGGCAAGGAGAAUUUGAAAGUCCUCGCUCACCACCACUUGAGGAUGUUCAGGAGUAUGAACCAUUGUUUCCCGAAGAUGACAAGGGCAAACAACCACCCGCUAAGCCACUGACAGAGGCUGAUAAGCUUAAAUCUCGUUCGGAGCUUAAAGGACGCCGUUUCCCGUCUCAAGACGUCUGGGAAGAUGCUCCGAACUCCCAUAUGCAAACCGCCACUGUUUCCACGCCGCAAUUGCCAGAAGGGCCCGAUGACGCUAAAACCACUGGAGAAACCCUAGAAGUUCGCAAGGGCGAGACACCCGAACAGGCAUUUGCGCGUCGACAGGAGGAGUUGGCCGACAUGGAAUUCAGCAAGAAGGAGACUGAGAGCUUCUUGAAGAAGCAGUCCUGGGAUCAGAAUGCAUCGAUCGCCGCUGAGGGGUUGAAGCAGCAGCGAUUCCCGAGUAGGGAUAUUUGGGAAGACUCGCCUGAUUCGUUGCUACUUCAGACGACUGUGUCGGGGCCGCAGAGUGAGGAUGUGUCUACGCCUGUAGACCGCCCUGCGGGUGAUGCUGCUGCUAGCUUUGAAGAGAAGCAGGUACCUGCGACUACUAGCAUUGCAGCGGCGCUGAAGCCAUCUAUACCGCCCCGCCCGAUGAGGAAACUGUCUGAUCAGAAGCCGGAUUUGAAGGCAGAGACCGCCGCAACUGGUGCAGCAAAGUCCCCAAAUACUUCCCCAGUUUUGAAGGCCAAACCUGCUAUUCCCGAGCGCUCUAAACCGGUGAUACCUAGUCGACCAGUCAAGAAAGCCUCUGGAGAUUCCGGUGAAGGCGCGCCGCUCUCUACUGUAAGAUCAGGGGGAUCCGAAAAGUCGAGCAACUCCAGCAGCUCGCAGAACAGUGCGGCCGCAGCGUCGAAGCCGAAACCGCCCGUACCAUCGCGGCCGAUAGGAAGUAAGAUCGCGGCGCUCCAGGGCGGGUUCAUGUCGGAUCUGAAUAAGCGCCUGAAGCUCGGUCCGCAGGCGCCGAAGAAGGAAGAGCAGAAGGAGGAAGAGGUGGCGGAGGAGAAGGAGAAGGUGCCGCUUGCUGAUGCGAGGAAGGGGAGGGCUAGGGGGCCGGCUAGGAGGGCCCCUGCUAAGGCUGUGGUGGCGAAGGUGGAGCCGAUGCCGACGCCAGCGGGGAAGAAGUUUGCGGUCUCGGUGUCGUCGGUGUGGGAGAUUAGUCCGGAGGAUGGGGAAUUGAUCUCUAUCUCUGAGAGAGAGGAAGCGAAGAGGGUUGAGGAAGCAAAGAAGGCCGAGGAAGCAAAGAAAGCUGAGGAGUUAAAGGAGGCCGAGGAAGCAAAGAAGGCCGAGGAAGCAAAGAAGGCUGAAGAAGCGAAGAAGGCUGAAGAAGCGAAGAAGGCCGAGGAGAAGAAAGCUGAGGCUGAGGCUGAGGCUGCGGCUGCGGCGGUUUCGACAGAGGACAAGGAGGUCGUAGCUGCUGAGCCCGAGCAGGAGGCCAAGAAGGCCGAGGAUACAAUCGUUACGACCGAAGACAAGAAGGUUGAAGCCGCUGAGCCUGAGGAACAGGACAAGAAGACGGAGACUUCUCCUAUCACCACAGCCAUUGGGGCCCCCCUGCUAACCGCAAAGGAGGUUGUGGCAGAGACCGCGGCUAGUGCGUCUAAGGAAGUCAAGAAGGUGUUUGGAGCCAGUGACUCUCCGAAAGAGGAUACCGAGGUUGACGAAACCUCUGUUGCUGAUACGACGGGUGAGGAGGAGGCUGUCAAAGACCAAGGCGCAGACGAGGCGACUUCUUCGUUGCCUGUUAAGCCGUCGGAAAGUGAGAGUGUUAGCAAACCUGAAGAAGGAGAGGAAGAUGGGAAAAUAAAGGAGCCGGAGCAGAGUGAGAAGGCUGUGGAGAGUAAAGAAGAGUAGUAGAUGACUGAACUGGGGUGUACCCUCGGGUAGAAGCAUCGUGGGCUUGGGGUCGGGACUAUUUAAUGCCAGGCACAGGCAUGUUAUAUAUACGAGUGUGUCAACAUCGAACUGUAGUAAUAGGAGUUUGGUUUGUUUGUGUGCAUGAGAAUCUAUAUAUUUUGGGUAUAAGAGAGGUAGCAUUCUCCAGUAGCAAAUUAUAAAUACUUGUUAUUGGGUCUAGGACGUGGUUCACUAUAUAUCUCGUUCUAAAUCGGGAAACUAUAAUGCUGAUUCUGACAUUUAUCUG